AUGCUGCUGCUGGUGGGGCUGGUGCUGUGCCUCGCCUCUGCCCGCGCCCUGACCACCUUCCCCCAGAAGCUUCAGGUCGGGAACCUGGAUGAGGACGUGGUGGUGACCUGCAACACCUCAGAGCAGCAGGUGACCUGGACGCUGAACGGGGAGCUGGAGCCCAUGGCAGAGCUCGUCGCCGAGGGACGCACGCUCACCAUCCUGGGCUUGGACCUGCCGGCCGCCGGCAACUACAGCUGCUGGGCCGGCUCCGUCCUGCUGGACACCACCUACGUGGUGGUCAGGAGCACGUGCAAGGAGCGCAUGAACGUCUCCUGCCAGGCCGAGUCCUACCGCGGCUCCUUCCGCUGCUCCUGGAGGGCCCCGAGUUUCAGCGUCUUCCGCGCCCGCCUCACGCGCAGCAACGGCUCCUUCGGGGACUGGGUGCACGUGGCCGGCCGCGGCGGCGGGUUCAGCGCCAGCUUCGCCGACCCCUCGUUCUGCCCCUUCGCGGAGGAGCUGCACCCGCUGCAGCUGCACCUCGAGGGGCUCUCGGACAACUCCUUCCUCAGCUUCACCAUCCACUUCUUCAUCCGCGACAUCGUGCGGCCCGACCCGCCGCAGGAGCUGACGGUGCGGCGGCGGGGGGGGCGGCUCUACCUGGCGUGGGCCCCCCCGGCCUCCUGGCCGCUUCCCAAGUCCUACUUCGCCCUGCUCUACCGGCUGCAGUACGAGCUCCCCGACGGCGCACAGGCGGACGAGUACCUGGAGGGCAGGGAGGAGACGAGCCUGCGGGAGGGCGCGCGGCGGGUGCGCAUCAGCUGCCGCGACCCCAACGCCAGCCCCACCUGGAGCCCCUGGAGCGCCUGGCGGGACCUGGAGACGGCCCGGCCGCGGGGGCCGGCGGCACGCUGA